AAGAUCAUCAUCACGUCUCUAGACAUGUACUUCUGCUUGCAAUGCAAGUAUGGGGAUGCCCUUGUGUUCGUGUAGAGCGAAUGUGAAUGAUUCAGCGACGAGAACAAUCAAUUAUCUGUAAUAGUGAUGCAAGUCUUUUCUGUCUGAGAGCGACGAGAACGAGAUCCUAUGAAGAUCCGCCCGAAUUUCUUUCUGUCAGUUGAGAUUGGAACAUCUGUCAACGAGGGACGAGGGCGAGUGAAAAAAUUUAUUGUCCUACAAGAAGGUUUCUGUGCUGAGCCUGAGAUGAAGUGAAAGAAAAAUCAAAAUGCUCAAUCACGUAAUGACACCCUCAUGGCCAUCACAAAUCAUCGUCCUGAUCCUACUUUCCCAAAUUACCCAAACGAUGUCGUAAACAUCGCCCUCUUUUUAAACUACUUACGUGGUUUGCUUUGUUUUAACACACUUUUUCCACCUUCAAAAUCAUCUUCUAACUUGUAGUUCAGAAGUUCCACAGAAGUAGUUUAGAUUCUACUUUCUAGACUUGUUUUAGACUUCUUCGGGUAGUUUAGAAGUCAAGCAACCUCAAAAAAUCAAAAUGGGUUGUGGUGCAUCUACAGGAAAGGCGGUCGCGGCCGCUGACGGAAGUGUUCCGGCAGCCUCCGUUGGUUCCCACAACGCUGCCCCAGCCUCGACGGUCGCACCGAUGGUCUCUAAGAGUAUUGAUUUAUUUUAGCUGUGAAUGUGAACAAUGUGAUUCAUAUUUCUCACUUUCACUCGUCGUGAUCAUAUUCGUCUUUGGAUUAGAAUUUGAAUCGCGAUUCCGACUUACGAACUCAUGACUGCUGAUAAUGAUAGUGCUGUUGUACUAUUAUCUUUUUCUUACCCUACUUACCCAGAUGAAUUUUGAGAAGGUAAGUACCUACUCCUACAUCAAGCACUACAAUAUAUAGUGAAAAAUAUAGUCCGUUUCCACAAUAUCGAUAUCCACCCACGACCACGGAAUCAACCACAUCAGAUAACCGUUUCCCGCAGGACAAUAACAAGUGUUCUGCCUACAACGCGUGCGCUCAGGCUCACGAACAGAUGGGCGCUGAGUUCAUUCCAUCUUUGACCGAGUUGACUGAGUUCUUUGCCAAAAAGCCAAAGAACUACUCUCGAUCCGAUGACACCGUUAAGGCCUACUGAUGUGAAUGUGAAUCAUCAAUAAUUGAUGAUCAAUCAAUCUAGAGAUUGCUGAUGAAUCGUCUAGAGAUUGAGAACGAGCAUCGUCCUCUUCCUUGACGACGUGUGCGUGUUUUCAAGGGGAAAGUAGAGAUAUUGAGAAUAAUAUUCGUGAAAUUAUCUUCUAAUAUCCGUGACGAGCUGAAGAGCUUGUUGAAGAAGGUGCUGAACGCCACGGACCGCUUCGAUCGCCGUGUGAAGCAUGCCAUCACGGCUCGACGAAACAUCGGUCUCUUGAACCCACAGCCGUACAUGGCGAAGUACAUCGAACAGUUGCGUCAUCGCUACAACAUCACGAUUUUGAACCCGGAUGAGACUGACAGCUCCAAGGAGACCAUCGCUGCUCUCGCUGCGGAGUGCAAGGAAAAGGUUUGAUUUUUCGUUCUUUUGUAUUUCUGCGGUGUACCUUAAGUCGGUGUAGUUGGGGAAAAUUAGAACAAAAAAGACGAGGGAAAAAUGUCUAGAGGUACUUUUUAGAAGCGUUAAAUCUGUCUUUUCUUUCUCUUUUCACUACAUCAUAAUCAUUCACUACAUCAUUUUUCAAUGCAUCUUCAUUCACAACAGGACAUCCCGAGCAUCGUUGGUCUUGCGCAGAAGGAUUCUUGGCAACACGCAUUGAUCAACCGCGAGAUGGGACAUGUGUCGAUUUCUUCUCUCGCAUACCUAGUGGCCAUGAACAAGUUUAUGCAACGCACCAUUGAAGCAAAGCCGUUCUUCUUCGCUCCAGUCACUCCGGAGACGGAGACGAAUGACGAGAUUGUUGCUAAGGUACCUAUGAUUCUUGUCUAGGGGUGAUUGAUGUACUUACAUCAUGCAGUUCGACGAAGGUCUAUCUGACUUACAACUUUCCCCCUACUUUUGAAGAUUAAUAGUGAAUGAAAUCACUAUCAUCAAAAAAUGCAAGUUACAACAGUUGUUAAUCUCCAGGAAUAGUUACUGCACAGGUAGAAGAAUUAGUUUUCUCCGGAAACCACAACCCAAGCUCUUCCUCCGCCUCAUCUCUCUUCAGAUCCCAGAAAACGAAUGGCCGUGCAUGUUGAAGAACACUUCGUUGUCUUUGGGUCGCGGUGUCUUCCGCUGCAAAACCCCGGAAGCUAUGUGCGCUAUCUUGGACGAGUACCGUGGAAACACAGCGCUUCAGGUAAUGGGGCUACGAUGAAGCUAGAGAUUUUGCUUUAAUAUUUGACAGCGUCGUCGUUGUGUGAACGGAAUAAAACAUGAUGACGUUGUUCCACGUUUAUAGGUUUCCCGUUUUAUUACAAAGAGUUUUUUUAAGAUUCCUGAUCAGAAAAAGAACUACAACUUCUACAUCUACAGUAAGCCGACAUCCUCCAAAACUCUCUCCUACCAGGCCGCCAUCAAGAAGACCAACGACUCCAUCUUGGAGCACUUCACCGAAGACGAUCGUUCCAAGCUCGACUGCGCUGUCCCGCCGUUCCUGUUAAGGCUUGGACGAAGCAUCCACUAGCUGCUUUACUUGGAAAAGCAUCUAUUAUCAUAAAAUAUUACUUUUAAGUGUUCAAGAAUUUUCAUUUCUUCCACUGGAUUUGGUACUAUUGUCUGUAAUUUAUUGAUCGUGAAUGGUCGCUGUUUGUGUGUGCUCGACUGCGCUGUCCCACCGUUCCUCGGAAUGAUGGUCUUAAGGAUGGAUUAGGGUGCGGUCUAAUUCUGGUUGAGCACUGCGUCAACUUGGAACUCGGUUGGGUCGAGUACUGCUACGAAGGUUGCAUCUCGGAAGAGGGAAAGCUGGCGCACUACGGUUUCACUGAGGAGAUGUACUCCACCGACCACGCUGGCCUGGCCUACAUCACGCCACCGAUGUCCUACCCGCGUGACAAGAUCAAGGACUUGGAAAACUAUUUGGAGUUAUGAUUGUGGGACGAUUUGGAUUUUGAUUUGACUUCUGCUUGAUACUUCUUGCAAAAGAAAUACUCUAUUUCGAACUCCCGGCAGCUUUUUAGAACAAUGAAGGUGGUACUUGUCCUCUCUCUAAUCUUCGGCUACAUGAGCGGAUUGAUCAAGAAGGGAUAUUUGCGUCAGUUCUUUAACGUUGAGAUCUGGGCUUUGGCUCCGGAGAACGGACCCGUCGAGUUCUGUUUCUGCGAGAUUAACCCGCGUUGCGCACACGCUUACCACAUUCCUUACCAGAUUGCCUACAAGGUAAUUGUUUGUUAGAUGCGCUGAUACUAAUUUUGGUACUAGAAUUUUUAGCUAGGCGUAGGCGUUGGAGAUUCACGGAAAGACGGAAAAAACUUCUAAAUUAUUUGUAGUGAGGCAUGGUAAAAAAGAAAAUAUCCUCGCACAUCUUCACAUCAAAUCGACACCUCAACAAGAUCAUUCCCCACUUCUCACCAGACCAACUUGUGGGCUGACAACUUCGAUUUGGUCCUGGAUAACAAGUUGCCGACUGUCACUCCUUGGUCCAAGUGGACUGAUAACGAUUACACCGUGUCUCUGCAAGCCCUUAUCAACGUUAUGGGCUGCGAAGGAAAGCUGGUCCGCGAAAUCCUCGACUACCAAUUCGUAGACCACAUUGAGGGAACCGGCAAGGUCGAGCUCGUCCGUCACGUCAAGCAGCGCGACUACACCAUCACCGCUGAUGAUGUUAAGGCUUGUUGUAGUUUGUGAUAAGUGUACAGGUCAACGCCUAAACGACGAAGCCCACUGCGCUUUUUUUUGAUAUUGCCGGGUCUCGAGCCCUGCCCUAGGUAGUUUGAUUGAUAAGUGUACAUUACAGGUCAGCGCCUAAACCACGAAGCCAACCGCUCAGUUUGUUCUACUGUAAUGCAACACUUUGAGAACCUGCUUCUUCCUUUGGCUCGUUUCUGAAGAGAGAAGCUAAGAAUAAAAAGUCGUGUCAAGAAAGGUGAGCUUGUUUUUAAGAUGAGUUCGCGCAGCAAGCUCUAACGAUUCCGCUUCCGGCGCUGGCUGCACUCUGCUGCAGAUCUUCAUCAAGUGCACGACGCACGAAGAAGCUGCCGCCUACGAGGUCGCUCUGCGUGACAUCAUCUACCGAAUCCCGCAGGGAGACAAGCAGCCGGACUGGUGGCUGGCGAAGGCCGCUAAGGGCAACGUGGAGGCACAGAGGGCCAAGCUGCAGGAGGGUCUGGAACGUGUCGACGCCGACACCUACGAUCAGCUCGCCGCUGCCAAGACCAACAAGGACUGA